AUGACCAACACCUGCAGUCCCCCAGAGGAUAAUUUGUCACCACUUAAUAUCAUCUUAAUUUUCACAGUUAUGGGCACGGAAUGCAUCAUUGGCAUCAUUGCAAAUGGGUUCAUUGUGGCUAUAAAUGCAGCUGAGUGGAUCCAGAAUAAGGCAGUCUCCACGAGUGGCAGGAUCCUGUGUUUCCUGAGCAUAUCCAGAAUAGCUCUCCAAAGCUUGAUGAUACUAGAAAUUACUUUCUACUCAACAUCCCCGCAAUUUUAUUAUAAAGAUGGUGUAUAUGAUACCUUGAAAGUGAGUUUCAUGUUCUUACAUUAUUGUAGCCUCUGGUUUUCUGCCUGGCUCAGUUUCUUCUACUUUGUGAAGAUUGCUGAUUUCUCCUACCGCCUUUUCCUCAAGCUGAAGUGGAGAAUUACUGGAUUGAUGCCCUGGCUUCUGUGGCUAUCAGUGGUUUUUGCCUUGGGCUACAGUAUGUUCUUUUCCUAUGGCAUAUACACUGUUUAUUGUAACAAUUCUUUUCCUAUCCUCUCCUCCAACUCUACUAAGAAAAUAUAUGUCACUGAGACCAACGUGGUCAACCUGGUUCUUCUCUAUAACCUGGGGAUCUUCCUUCCUCUCAUCAUGUUCAUCCUGGCGGCCACCCUGCUGAUCAUCUCUCUCAAGAGGCACACCCUGCACAUGAAAAGCAAUGCCACUGGCUCCAGGGACCCCAGCAUGGAGGCUCACUUGGGGGCCAUCAGAGCUAUCAGCUACUUUCUCAUUCUCUACAUUUUCAAUGCAAUUGCUCUAUUACUCUAUAUGUCCAACAUCUUCAAUGCCAACAGUUCCUGGGAUAUUUUGUGCAAAGUUAUCAUGGCUGCCUAUCCUGCUGGUCACUCCAUUCUACUGAUUCAGGACAAUUCUGGGUUGAAAAGAGCCUGGAAGCGGCUUCAGUCUCAAGUUCAUCUUUACCUAAAAAAGUAA